GUUGCUCAGGCUUCAAGAUGGCGGAAGCCCUGACAACCCAAGAAGAGGUGGCAGUGGAGGAGUUCCUGGCUGAGCUAAGAUGCCCGGAACAUUCGCAGAACGCCACCCUCGUCAGCCAGAUCACCGCCGUCAAGUUUCUCAUGGCACGAAAGUUCGACGUCUCCAGAGCCAUAGACCUCUUCCAAGCUUACAAGAAUACUAGGAUAAAGGAAGGUAUCUACAAUAUAAACCCAAACGAAGAACCUUUGAGGACCGAGUUGUUGAGCGGCAAAUUUACCGUCCUGCCAGGGCGUGACGCUAAGGGUGCAGCCUUGGCUCUCUUCACCGCCCGUCUCCACCGUCCUGACGUCACUACCCAUAAGGCUGUUCUUCAGGCCAUCAUCUAUCAGCUGGACAAAGCCAUUGAGAGUCUUCAGACCCAGAGGGAUGGGCUCAUAUUCAUCUACGACAUGACAAACUCCACCUACGCCAACUUCGACUACGAGCUCUGCGUCAAAAUUUUAAACCUGCUUAAAGGAGCUUUUCCUGCCAGGUUAAAGUGUGUGUUCAUCGUGUCAUCGCCACUCUGGUUCCGAGCGCCGUUCGCUGUACUGCGUCUUUUUGUGCGGGAGAAACUCAGAGAGAGGGUGUGUACAGUAAAAGCUCAUGAGUUGGCCAGUCACAUCCCGGUCAGCUCGCUACCGGAGCACCUGGGCGGCUCGUCUCAGUACAGCCACAUGGCCUGGAUCCAGUCAUGUGUCAAUUCCACCCUAAACAACUCCACUGAUGGCAGCACAGACUGCUUGGACGGUCUGUUGCACUCCUACUGCCAGGAUCAAAACCAGACGGCCAACGCCAACCCGGGCGCCACGAUGCUCGGGAACAGCCUCGACGACGGCAACGCCAACCCUCAGAACCACCGGCACACCCACUGGAAUGGCGUGACGCCUCUCGGCUCGAACGCCAACAUCGCCAAUGGACGCCAGGCCCCGCCCCCUCAGUCGGACACGCCCCCUGACACACCCCUUCACCACAAACACAACUCGGAAAUACCGUCGGUGCCAAACGUGGACGCAGACGACUGCCGGCGUGACGGCAACGGCGCCGAGCAGGAGCCUGAAUUUCUCGUCGAGGAUGCGGAAGGGCGAGACGGAGUCCCGCCCCUCCCUCAGAAGUCGUCGAGGCCGACCCCCGUGGCGCGUAGCCCGGUCCACGAGACGAGCUGGUCGUUCGGGAUGGCGUCGGUGCAUACGUCCGAGCCAGGGGGGAUGACGGUACAGGAACUGGUGCAGCACGUCAAAACCAAGAAGAAGAAAGGCAUCUACCAGGAGUACGAGGAGAUCCGGAAGGAGCCGCCCGCCGGAAGCUUCGAUUACUCCAAGAAACCAGUUAACCAGGUCAAAAACCGUUACAGCGAUGUGCUCUGCCUGGACGAGUCCCGUGUCCGACUUUGCCCACUGGACGACGACGACGAUGAGACAUCAGACUACAUUAACGCAAGUUUCAUGGAUGGCUACAAGAUGACGAACGCAUACAUUGCCACUCAGGGUCCUUUGCCAAAAACGUAUGGUGACUUUUGGCGAAUGGUGUGGGAGCAAGUCGUGUUAAUUAUAGUUAUGACAACAAGAUGUAUGGAGCGAGGCAGAGUGAAGUGUGGACAGUACUGGCCUCUGGACGCAGGCAGCACAGAGGAGUAUGGCUACUUCCUAGUGAGAAAUGUCCACAUCGAGGUGUUUCAGGACUUUAGACUUUCACAUUUGGAGCUCUAUAAUAGUCAGACAGGCGAGUGUCGAGAGGUGUCUCAUUACUUGUACAUGAGCUGGCCGGAUUUUGGGGUCCCAAAAUCUGCAUCGGCCAUGUUGGAUUUCCGGGCAGUGGUCAAGCAGAGGCAGGAGCUUGCGCUGCGGGCGAUAUUCCCUGAUUGGACGGGACCUCCCGGAGGACCUCCCAUAGUUGUCCACUGCAGUGCUGGAAUCGGAAGGACAGGUACGUUCUGCACGCUGGACAUCUGUCUCUCGCGCCUUGAGGACAUCGGCACGGUGGACGUGAAGCAGACGGUGCGGCGCAUGCGCACCCAGCGGGCCUUCAGCAUCCAGACGUGGGACCAGUAUUACUUCUGCUACCGAGCCGUGAUCGAGUACGCGCAACAAACAGGGCGCCUCGAACCCGUCGAGUGGUCCGACACCGAGCUGGAGACGGAUAGCGAGUGAACGAGAGCGAGGGAGAAUCAAGGUGCCAAAAAAAAAAAAAAAAUGAAGAGCUCUUCUUUUUUGCUCUUUUGUUUCUUUUUUUCUUUUUUUGGUCCAGAAGACACGUGUCUGCAGGUGGAGCACCGCUUCUCUGCUCGGCUUUUUUUUUGUUCCCUCGUUGGGAAGAAGGAAUAAAAAAGCGGUAAGAAGACGUAAGAAUCGAGUGGAGAGGAUUCUCUCAGCUCGCCACUUUGCAAUCUCUUUCAGAAAGUCGUGGCUCGGUGUACAAGUUGUAGCAGUUUUGUUUUUUUUCUUCUUCUUCUUAAAGACUUGCACACGUUGAUUGAGAAACUUGAACUGUUUCCCAGCUUGCCCCUUUUUCCCCUUUUUUUAAGUCCACGUGUGAGAAAUAUCCUGAUAUCAGUGUCGUGCAACUCGGGGGCGGGGCUUGUGUCACACUCGUAAAAAUAGUGCGAAAGUGUUGAAAACUUGAAAUAAUUUUUUUUUAAUCUCCAUCACAGCGACAUGGUUGAGUACAAACUGGGUGCAGCACGUCUUUUUUUUCUUUCUUUUAAAUCAUCAUUCUUAGUUUAUCGUAAACUAACCUUCAAACCAAAGGUAACGCGUUGAAUGCUUGGAUGUAUCUGUAAUGAUCAUUGUGACUUAAACCUUGUAUAGUCGUGUAAGAUACAUUUAUAUAUUGUGCAUAAUAACCUUUGGGGCGGGAAAGUCUUGUUUUAAUAUAAUACUCGAUGUUAUUCAGAAAUAUAUAUAUAUAAAUGAAUAUAUGUAUAAAUAUAUGUUGGGGUAGAACAAUAAUACGAAGAGCUUAGAAUAUCACGGAAGAAAAAAAAAUAAUCAUGAUGCUACUUCCAGUCCUGCACCCUUUUUUUGUUUAGUUUUUUUUUCUCUCUCGAUGACUAUCGGCCUUAAAUCCAGGGCUCAUGUUCACCAAGUGACCAGGAAUAGGAGGUUAGGGUUUUUUUUUCUUAUUAUUAUUCUUUUUUUUUUUUUUACUCUCUAACCCUAAUCUUGGGUUGAUAUCGAAGGUCAGAGUUCAGCGUGUACUCUUUCCACAGUGUACUGAGUCAAAAAUAUGUGGAAAAAUAAGCAUAGCGAUUGUUAUUAGAUCAAAUAUGUUAUUCUGUUAACGGUGGGCGGGGCUUUUUUCAGAUUUAGAUUUAUCAUGCAAAAUAUCAGUAUGCUCUGAUCUCCUCAUUCUUUGUUGACUUGGUUAAUAGUGGCCUUUAAACUUCUUAUCACUGCCUGUGGAGGAAAAAAAAUGAAAAUACUGAAUUGUAAUCCGACCCGUAUUCCUACUUUUUUUUUUUGUUUUUUGUUUUCCCUCCUCACUUAAACCACGGCCUCGUCUUCAGUCCGAAGCCCUGCAUCUUGAUCACAACGAAAGUUUACCGACGCUUGCCGUCCCGUCCCGUCCCGUGGCCGAGGUGCAGGCGCAUCGGGACGGAGCUGACGGCCGUGCAGUGCGAUGUCCCGGGGAUCUCAAACGAUCUUGGGGUUUAUUUGUGCCUUCGAGUUUUCAGUAGCGCAAGCAAAUCUCGUUCCAAGAGCAGAAAAAACUGCGUCUUGCAUACGUACAAGGAUUAUAUUUAAUAAUCUCAGGGGUAUAUUUGCUGUUGUCCUGGUGUCACUUCUUCUUACUUUUUUUUAAUUUUUUUUUUUAUUAUCUGGCAGUUCAUCAUUUCAAAAUGAAGCAUGUAUCAUAAACAGCCUGUAUUAUAGUCCAUAUAUUUUUUUUCUUAGUUUUUUAUUAUUAUUAUUAUUAUUAUUAUUAUUUAUGUCUUUGUACAACUUCAACAGUAUUUUGAAAUCGAGCGUCGGUACGACCGAAGAAGAAAACAUAUAGUUUUAAUUUGAUAAGCUAACAAAAAUCACCUGACUGACUUUGAUUUCAUGCCACUUCUGGAACCAUGUUACUUGCUGUUGAGUUAUUUUGGGAGUUGUUGGGUAAAACAAAAUGUCUUUAUCAACUUUAUCUUUUUUACUGAAAUACCUGUUGCUGACUGUUUUCUUAAAAAUUAGGAGGUGCACAAAUUGUGCUGAUUAGUAAAGGAUUACUGUAAUAGUGACCAGAACAUAUUAUUAGUUUUAGUAUUCAUCAUGUCGGUUUCUUUACUCGACAAGGCUGUGUUCCAAUACGUUUUCUUAACACACCCUUUUCAUCUUCACCGUUCCCUUUAAAUUUAGGGCCGAUCCUGUUCAAGUCCGUCACGUAAUGUAAGUAGGAUUUAAAAUAAGCCUGAAGCUAAACAGCGCCUCAAUCUCGAUUCACUUUUCAAACGCUUGGUGGUGCUAAGUGAAAACAGUUUUAUUCCGCUUGUACCACAACAAUUAUUACAAAAUGCUGUCAAGAAUCUGCCUUGUCGGAAAAACUGCCUGUUACGAAGCACUGACACUGGAGACUCCUCUCCACAGGGCGGCGGUCGCUCAAACGGUUAAGGCUCUGGAUUACUGAUAGAAAGGUCAAACCCGCCACUGUUCAGGCCGUGAGCGAGGCCGGGUCUGUAUCCUGGCUCACCCUGCACUCUGACCCCAGCUUCCUAACUGGGAACUGCAGUACAUGGGACGUAUAAGAAAAAAAAUCUUAUUUUUUUUAAUAUUUGUUAAACAACACGAUUCUACUUUAUGUUGUAGAUUAUAUGGUGCCUGGAAAUCAUCUGUUACUUUAAAAACAAUAAUUGCAUUGAUAUUAUGAACCUGUGGUUGGUCUUUUGAGUCGGUGCUAUAAAAACACUUCUGACCAAUCAGAGGCCAGGAUUCAGCAGCACUGUCUGGUCUAAAUACACUUUGAAGUCAUCAUCAAAAGUCCGCGAUUUAAUUGAUAACGCAUUUUAUUGAUCUUGUGGUGAUCCAUGCAGUUCAUUAAAUCGUUGCGAUUCACAUUUAUACAAAUCAAUCGUCAAUUUAGACACAUUCCUUAAAAAUUCUCGGCAGAAAUACAAACCGUUUCUUUAAAUACUCUUGUUUUGGGAGACUAUCGUUCCUCCUUUAGCUUUUGUGCGUAUCUGGAGUUGGUGCAUUUACUGCCGCCUACUGGACUGUUUAUUAAAUACUUUUUAGUAGAUUUUAAUGCGUCAGGAAUAUAGGUGCUUAAAAUAUAUCAAGCAGUAACCUUUCAAUGCUCUAGAAUUAAAUUGAAAAUCACAAUGCAAGCCCCAAAACCUGAAUCGAAUUGGUUUGAUUUGCAAAGUCGACUAGGGAGUGUUAAAGCGGUAUUGGAACACAGGUUUAGACAAUGCAUUGACUAAUAUGCUAUUGGCAGCCGAUUUGAUUUGCCAUCCUUUUUCGAUAAAUAAAAAAAAAAAAUUAAAAAAGCAACGGGUAUUUAAAAAAAAAAAAAACAGUUGGGAGUGGAACAAGGUCAUUUUGUAAUCAUCUGGUGAUUACGGACGAUACCUUCUCUCCGAGUUGUGAACUUGUGCAGUGACAAAACAAUGAAUGUGGGAGGAUAUUUAUAGACUUCAGAUCUACGCAUACACAAUGAUUUUUACCCGACGUUGACUGCGAUUACGAAUAUUAUAUAUAUCACAAAGUCACUAUAAAGCAGUGUCUGUAUAUUCUGAUUGUUUCUCAAAUGAAAGAAACUCUUGCAUGGACGGAUGGCGUCAGGUAAAACCAUCACUGUGAGAGGAGGAACAAGAGCUCGGGAACAGUGAGCUGUAACGAUGAGAAGGCUGGGAAUGCAGCUGUAUUUCAUAUAUAUUUUUGGUUUUUCAUCUGUGCCUGAUGUUUUUGUGAUUGAGUAAUGGUCUUUUUACCUGCCGCCUGCAUUAGUGUCAUAAGUAAACAUGACUAUUAUUCUGAAACCGCU